CUAUAAGGAGGAAUCUGGUUAGGCUGGUAAUGUGCAGGCUAAUGGAGGCAUGGUCUCUUUUGCAGCACACGCCUCCUCUGCCAUUCUUUCUUUUUGCAUACAAACAUUCUGUGACUGUCACCAGAGUCAAACGUCUACAGACAAGAAAGGUGUGUGAGAGAUGGUGCUUGAAUAAAGAAGAAAAACAUCAAGGCUAUCAAUAAGGAUGUAACUAUAUGUGAAAAGAAGAAAGUGACCUCAAGGUUCAGCAGAAGCGUGAUACAGAAGAAUGGAGAGCAUUGCACUUUAGGUCAAAGGUCACUACAGAAAGACCAACCAACAUAUAGCUUUCAACAUCUAUUACUCGACUAAGACAUGGCUUCCCUCGGCAUGCAAAUGUUGGCAAGUGCCCUGGCGCUACUGGGUUGGGUGGGAGCUCUCCUGUCCUGCAUCAUGCCCUUGUGGCGUGUGACGGCCUUUGUGGGAACCACCAUCGUGACCUCAGAAACCAUGUGGGAAGGCAUAUGGAUGAGCUGCGUGACACAGAGCACAGGCCAGAUACAGUGCAAACCUUACGAGUCCACGCUGGCGCUCACCACAGAUCUGCAGGCCGCCCGGGCCCUGAUGGUGAUGGCGAUUCUGACCGGAGCAGCGGGUCUGGUUUUGGCUUUCUUCGGAGGAAAGUGCACUAUCUUCAUGGCCAGAACCAAAAGCACCAAAGCUAAAAUCGCCACAGCUGCUGGGGUCUCACUGAUCGUCGCCGGGAUUCUCUGCUUGAUUCCUGUGUCCUGGUCGGCCGGCAUCGUGGUUAACGCCUUUUACAACCCGCAGUUGACGGAUUCUCAGCGCAGGGAGAUCGGAGGGGCGAUUUAUGUUGGCUGGGGCGCAUCCAUACUUCUUCUUUUAAGUGGGGGGAUUCUGUGCACCACAAUCUGCAUGGGAAAUACCGUGGUUGACGACGGCCCUUCUGUGAAAUACUUGGUUGUGCGUUCUUCCCGGGCAGGGUCCAGCAUGGCGGGUUCACAGAGGAUGAGGCCCCUCUCUGUGAGGUCUCUGCAGAACGGUGCUCCGUCUGUGCAGUCCCAAUGGAGUCAAAAAGCACCACCUUUCUAUCACCAGGGCAGACCACCCUCCACAAUCUCACAGCAGAGCAAGCCAUCAACUACAAAGUCACAACUUAUGAGAGCCGAGUUAAGUGAGGAAAGUGAGGGGGCGUCUACAAAGUACCAGUUGAAUGAAAAGGGUUUGGAUCAGACCCUGGCAACCUCUGAACCUUAUGAGACAUCUGCAGAUCCUUCAAAGUCAUAUAUUUGAUUUACUGUAGGGGACUCUGUCCUGAAGAUCUGUUUUGAAGGGUCUUGCUUGUACUUGGACAACCAAAAAUCUACCAUAAUAGCACUGUGAAGGAUUUUGUUUUGCUUUUUAUUGAAGCACUCUGCCUAGUUGAAGAGAGAAGUGUAGAUGAAGAUAUUGUGAAUUAAACUUAGACAAAUUCAAAGCUGAUGUUGUUGUUUUGUAUCAUAACUCACUUAUACAUUUGCAUUCACAUGUUAUGUCCUAAACAUGUGUGUGUGUUUACUGUAAAUAAUGUGUAUUUAUGAUUGAAUGUAGUUAAACGGUUCUCAAGUAGUCAUGACUAUCAACACUGAAAAUGUUGUUUUGUAUUGUAAUUCACAUAUAUAUUUGCCUUCACCUAUG